GAGGCAACACCGGCGCACCCAAGGUCGGUGGCAUCCCCGCCGCCAGAGAAGGCCGAGAAACCCCCUAGGUUGGGAGACAGGCCGAUCUGGUGGUUGGAUGUCAUGAGUCCGACUGACGCCGAAAUGAGGGUCCUCGCCAGAACAUUCGGAAUCCAUGGCUUAACGAGCGAAGACAUCAUGAUGCAGGAAGCGCGUGAGAAGGUCGAGCUCUUUCAGCACUAUUAUUUUGUGCACUACAGAACGUUCAAUCAGGACCCACUGAGCGCAAAUCACCUCGAGCCCAUCAAUUUGUACCUAGUCGUGCUCAAGGACGGCAUUAUCAGCUUUCAUUUCUCCCCCACCCCACAUCCAGCAAAUGUACGACGGCGGGUGCGGAUGCUGCGUGACUACAUGAUUCUUACGCCCGACUGGAUUGCGUACGCAAUUAUCGACGAUAUCACAGACGUCUACCUACCUCUUAUCCAGAGCGUUGAGGAGGAAGUGGACGAGAUUGAUGCCGACAUCGUCAGGCUCCAUGCUGAAGAGGAUCCAACGAGAAAGGAGAAGUCCAAAUCUGAGAAGGCCUCAAAGAGCGACGCCAAAUCGGACUCGGGCUCCACGGUAGUCGAGACCGGUGCUGAUAUGCUUCGCCGAGUUGGGGAGUGCCGAAAGAAAGUCAUGGGCCUUUACCGUCUGUUAGGCAGCAAGGCCGACGUCAUCAAAGGCUUCGCAAAGCGAUGCAAUGAACAGUGGGAGGUUGCGCCGCGCUCGGAUAUCGGGAUCUAUCUUGGCGAUAUUCAGGAUCAUAUUGUGACCAUGACUGGAAACUUGAGUCACUAUGAGAUGAUACUCGCCAGAUCCCACCAGAACUACCUUGCACAGAUCAAUAUCCGCAUGAACGAGCGCGCGGAGCAGACGAACGACGUCCUGGGCAAGCUUACGGUCCUUGGCACGAUCGUGCUGCCCAUGAACAUCAUUACAGGACUCUGGGGCAUGAACGUCUGGGUGCCAGGUCAGGAUUACGAGGGCGACCUGACCUGGUUCUUCUGGAUCACCGCCGGACUGCUCAUGUUCGGAAUGGCGUGUUUCCUCAUCGCGAAGAGGGUGUACAGGAUUGUGUGAUCCCUAGCGUAGACGAUUGGAUCUUACGGUAGCCAAGCGGUCCCUUGAGCGAAGUACAUUCCUUCAUUAUGUGAUUCUUGAAGAGGACAGAACAUACCGCACAGAUAGCGUCAUGAUUGGGGUGAAGACGGUACCCAUAUCUGAACACACCUGCUUGCUUCACUGGCUUUUGAAUUUUGGUUUUGGGCUUUGGCAUAAGCGGAUUGCAAGGCUGGAUAACCUAGAUUGUUCUUCUCUUAAAACAUAAAUCUAUCUUGGAGGCAACAGUUUGGGGUUUGUCGGGAACUGGUUAUACAGAAAUUGUAACAUAACAUUAUUGAAAGAGAGGUGGUGAGAACAUCUUCAUCAAGG